GGAGCCAUGGAGGGUCAGAGCGUGGAGGAGCUGCUGGCAAAGGCGGAGCGGGACGAGGCAGAGAAGCUGCAGCGCAUCACGGUGCACAAGGAACUGGAGCUGGAGUUCGACCUGGGUAACCUGCUGGCUUCGGACCGGAACCCUCCGACCGGACUGCGGCACGCGGGAGCCACGCAGGAGGCCGAGCUGCGGGCCCUGGCGCGGGACAACACGCAGCUGCUCAUCAACCAGCUGUGGCAGCUGCCCACCGAUCGUGUGGAGGAGGCGCUGGUGGCGCGGCUGCCGGAGCCCACCACUCGUCUGCCGCGCGAGAAGCCUGUGCCCCGGCCGCGGCCGCUUACACGCUGGCAGCAGUUUGCGCGCCUCAAGGGCAUCCGUCCCAAGAAGAAGACCAAUCUGGUGUGGGACGAGGGGAGCGGCCAGUGGCGCCGCCGCUGGGGCUACCAGCGCGCCCGCGACGACACCAAGGAAUGGUUGAUCGAGGUGCCCGGGAAUGCCGCCCCCAUGGAGGACCAGUUCGCCAAGCGGAUUCAGGCUAAGAAGGAACGGGUGGCCAAGAACGAGCUGAACCGGCUGCGUAACCUGGCCCGCGCGCACAAGAUGCAGCUGCCCAGCGCGGCCGGCAUGCACCCUACCGGACACCAGAGUAAGGAGGAGCUGGGCCGCGCCGUGCAGGUGGCCAGGGUCUCCACCGCCUCUGUGGGGCGCUUCCAGGAGCGCCUGCCCAAGGAGAAGGCGCCCCGGGGCUCUGGAAAGAAGAGGAAGUUUCAGCCUCUUUUCGGGGACUUUGCAGCCGAGAAAAACCGCCAGUUGGAGAUGCUGCGAAUAAUGAACAGCAAGAAGCCUCAGUUGGACGUUACGAGGGCCACCAAUAAGCAGAUGAGGGAGGAGGACCAGGAAGAGGCGGCUAAGAGGAGGAAAAUGAGUCAGAAGGGCAAGAGAAAGGGGGGCCGACAGGGUCCCGGGGGUAAGAGGAAAGGGGGCCCGCCCAGCCAAGGAGGGAAGAGGAAAGGGGGCUUGGGAGGGAAGAUGAAAUCCGGGCGGCCUGGCUUGAGUGGCAAGAGAAAAGGAGGGCAACACCAAGGAGGAAAGAGGAGGAAGUAA